UCUGACUCAGGCUAUUGUGGAGCGCACAAGUGGCUCUCUGAGGAGAAGGGGAUGGAGAAAGAAAGGGUGGGGUCAAGGUUCAAACGAAAGGCUCUCAUUGGGAGUCCCUUUCUGUUAUCAAAUUUGUUGAGACACAAAAAGAGCUACAGUCUCAUUCCCAAGAACAUCUUGAGGGAGAGAAAGGGGGUUAUAGGACAGCGUUCUUUGUCGCGGCUUCAGUUCCUUAGAGCUCGCCGGCUGGACUCUCAGUCUUCACUCUGCUCCUGCACCGAUUGUUCAGCAGCUUAAUUGUAAAGCAGCAAGCUUUUCUUCAAUAAGUCCACUCUCUGCUAAGCUCAGCCACAAAAAUGGACACCUCUACAGUGGAGCUAACCUCCCUGUCAUCCAACGGGUCAUCGGAGAGCUGUGCGGCGGUGGAUAUGACAGUUGAGAACACACUGUUUGGAUGCUUCUACAUCCUGGUUUUCUUCCUGGCGCUGAACGGCAACAGCCUGGCUCUCUGGAUCUUCUCCCACCAGCGUGGCGCUUCCUCUCCAGCUAACGUCUUCUUGAUUCAUCUGGCUGUGGCAGACUUAUCCUACGUGAUCAUCCUCCCACUGAGGGCCACCUACCACCUCACCGGAGGCCACUGGCCCUUUGGCGAGGUGCCCUGCAGACUGGCAGGCUUCUUGUUUUAUGUCAACAUGUACGCCAGCCUGUACUUCCUGGCCUGUGUGGCGGGGGAUCGCUACCUGGCUGUUGUUCACGCUGUGAGGUCGCUAAAGAUUCGUCGUGCUCGCUACGCUCACAUCAUCAGCUUCUCUCUAUGGGCACUGGUUACAGUCUCCAUGGCGCCACUGCUCAUCACCCAUCAGACUGCAGAGGUGGACGGUGUGACGGUGUGUUUGCAGCUGUACAGGGAGAAGGCCUCUCGUAAUGCUCUGAUCUCCCUCGCUGUGGCCUUCACCCCACCUUUCCUCACCACCCUGUGCUGUUACCUGCUCAUCAUUCACAGCCUGCAUCGGGGCUCCAGGUUAGAGCCGGAGCUCAAGAUGAGAGCGCUGCGCACCAUCGGUCUGGUCAUGCUCAUCUAUGUAGUGUGCUUCCUGCCUUAUCACGUGAGCAGGGCCACUUUCAUCCUGGGCUACGGCCAUCCUGAUGUCACCUGCCAGACACGCAGAGGUCUGAGCCUGGCCAACCGCCUCACGUCUUCCCUCACCUGCCUGAACGGGGCCAUGGACCCGCUGAUCUACCUGUUUGGGGCGGAGAAGUUCCGCGGCACUCUAAUGAGAUUGUUUUGCAAAAAUCAAGCAGGAGUGUCGGGAGCCACCAGCGGAGAGUUAAAGGGAACACACGAGAGCUCUGUGAGUGCCAAGUCUGAGUUUUGAGGAAGAGAAAUUUGAUCUCAAUCUAGAGCUCUUUGGGAGUGAUGUAUUUCCAACACAAACAAAAAUUGCUUUAACUAUUCACUGACUGUUGCCUUGGACUGACUGGAGGCGUCCACAGUGUUGCUGAUGUGCCGCUGUUGCCCCCAAAGCUUGAAUUUAAAGAUAUACUAUGCAGGAUUUUACUGAAAAGCAAUGUAAAGAGAUAUAAUCCUUUUUAAUCAUCACUUAUGACCCACUAGAAGUGUGUGGUGGUGUUUUUUUCUGCAGAGACUCUGCUCUCAAACUGUAUUUUCUUCUUAUUUUUUGGGCUUGAGCGUAAAAAAGGUAGUGACUCGCUGUCAGACCAUAAGCAGCAGGCAUUCAAGAGACAGCGCCGAACUGCCCCUGCAAAUAUAGCGAGGCAAAAUGCCAAAUGAGUAAAUCUAUACUUGUUUUUUUACUUUCACUUUCACUGCGAGUGUGUUUGCAAACAAUAACAGUCCUGCAUGGUAUACCUUUGAGGCCCAGUUCCAGUCUCCACCCUAUGCCCUAUUAUUUACCCUCGUAGACUUUAAACAUCACCCAUUUGAGUGUAGGAGGGUGUGAGGACUCCAAAUGCCAUAUGAGGAUUUGGAAAGCACUUGUGAUCUAACGUCACCCAGACAUGGACAUCCUGUGUCCAGUAAUGUGUAUGACUCAUGUGAUGUAAUGAAAUUGUACUUUCGGACCAAAUCAACAUAUCUGGAAGUCGUUAUAGACUUAUAAACACUUAGUUUAUAACUCCAGGAAAAUUCUUUCCUUCCAACUUCUUCCAUGUUUUGCUUAUGUUUCCUUUUUAAGCUUCCGAGAUUCCAUUGUCGUCAUCGUUGACGAUCAGAGUCUGCAGGUAUGCCUACUCACAGAAAGUGUGCAUGAAGUCAACCAGGGAACUCUCGAGCAUUUGUCCUCACCGUCAAAGUCUGUGAGGCUUCAGCUGCAUGUGACCUCAACAUGAUAUUGCUGUUUUCAUAAGCUUCUGAUUUUUGUGUCAAACACCAAAUGAGCAAUUUUGUACAUAGUCAACUUUUAAUGUAUGUUAUUGUUUAUUGUUUUGUAUUCUCAACCAAAAGUGAUAAAUACUUGUUAUCUUUUAAUAUCUUUCUUUUUAAAUUGAAGGUUUUUUAAGCUAUGCUAUCAUUGUGAUAAUGUCCAGCCCAGUCAACAGAAGAAAAUGUUGGCAUUGUAUGUUUCUGCAGACCUCGAACACAAAUCAACAUUUCUAUAGUGACAGUGCAUGAGCUGACUUUGUCAGUGUAAGGUGGAGGCGAUGGUGAUGGAUUGUGUGACAUCUUGGCAAGACAUCUGCCAGGCUGCAGACGACUAUUCGAGACCAAAAAACAACAAAACUUGUGAUUUAACGAGUCAUUGCUGUGUUUCCAGCUGCUUUUAAGUGACCAGACUUUGGUGUUUCAUAGCGAGCAGUUGCUGUUUUUCCAGCUGCUUUUUUAAGUGAUCCAUUGCUGUGUUUCGAGCGGCUUUUCAGGGACAAAAAGCAGAGACAUUGCUGCUUUUCCAGCCUGGAUUUUGCCCCCAAACAUGAUCUUUUCCUAAUCAUAACCACACAUUAACCACAGUGUUGCUGAAGUGUAAAGUUUGAACCAAUCUGCUACAUUAUAAUGUACCACUUAACAUAUCCAUGGUUUGCAGAAACAUAAAAUGCCAACUUUUUCCCUGGCGAUUUUCUGUAAUGUCGGUCAGUUGGUCCGUCACUUGGCCAAUACUCUUACUGUAAUGAUACAUUGCUUUUAGCCAAACUCUAAAAAAGGCGGUUUGGUCCACUUUGGUCCAGACUUAAAUAUCUUUUGGUCCCAACAUUCAUGUUUCCCUCAAUGGGCUGAAGUUGUUUCACCACUACCUGCAGAACCAGUGACCUCCACAUCAGCCUCAGCUGAUGCUUUGCUUUUACUGCUAGUUAGCAAAUGUUAGCAUGCCAACAACUAAGCUUGUCAGCAUCAGGCCUCCAGGAAGUGCGCUGGACUUUGAAGCCAAUUUGAUAUAGUGGCUAAUCCUCGUCCGUUACAGGAUGCCAUGAGGCCCAAAAAGACUUCUUCCCGUAGACUUACAUUGGGAAAGAGACGUCUCUAAAUCAGUGUAUACAUUCUUUUUAAAUCUCACAACCCCCCACGAAAUGACUUAUUUCACUAUAAAGAUUUGGUUUAUUCAGUCUGAUAACAUUUUAAAAGUCUAAAAGAGACAAGUGAAUCAAUUUAUCCUCAUUCAAGUUAGCCAAACCCAAAGUUAAUCCCUUUGAUGCUGUAUUUUUUACACCCUCAAAUUCAUUGUUUCCAAUGUAGAGGCGUGGCAGGCGCGCUCAAACGCUAGAGCAACCACCUCGCACACGCCUUCUCUAGUUCCUAUUUUUCAGGUCGUGACGGCUGCACCCUCGGAUAAACCGAGUUCAACUUUUGGAACACAGCAGCGCCCACUGCAUGUCAUGUGACAAGGAACAACAAAUCACAGCCGGCAGAUUAGCUUCUUCCGUAAGUCUGUGAUAAAUAUCGAACAGUUGAUCAUUUUGGUACAGAGCUGCUAGAGCUUUACAUCUGUCCCACAGACAAAAGGCCCCUUAGCCGGCAAAGUCUUGUGUGCUUGCUCUAUGGGAGCAGAAGAUUCAGGUAGUUUUACACUCAAGAAGUUGAACUUCUUUGGCUUCAUGCACCACUGAGCAACUUUCAAAGGAAUGAAUGGGGCCCCGCCUCUAAUGCUGUACCCAGUUCUCUUUAUACAUACAUGGUUAGCAUUUAGCUCACCAGUGUGCAGCCUCUCAGAGCAGUUAGUGUGGCUAUUGACUCUAAGUCUUGUUUUACUGCAAUGUAAUGUGUGUUUUUACUUACAAAUGUAAUGUUUUUUAAAAUUGCUGGAAGACACCAGAACCAUGUUUACUUUGCUUGUGCUAGACAAACCCUCAUUGUACUGUACAUACAUUCUUAAUUAUCCAUCUCCUUAACUUUCCUAUGCAAUGCAUUUAUUGUUUUGUCCACUUAUGUAUUAUGUUGCACUGCUGCAUGGCAAACUAUUAACCCUGUGUCAAUGUGAGUCAGUUUGGCCAGACAUCAUCUGCAGAAAAAGUGAUGUUUGAGACUGAAAGACAUGAUUGACACAGAUCAGUAGGAUGUGAGUUAUAAAUGUCCUUUGUAACUUGUAAGCUGUAAAUAAUAACUCAGUAAACAUUUGGUUUCAUGUGCAUGAGAU